AUGUCCGAUGAGCAGCCUCACGUUAGGAAAGACGUCCUCUGGAAGCCCUUUGUGCCGGCCCUCUACGUGGGAGCCGCGACAGGGGCUUGUGGUGCGGCGUACGGCGGUAUAGCUGGCACUCUCAUUCAAACUUCAAACCCAUUGGCCUAUACUGCAAUCUCUGCAACACAAUGGUUCUGUGCUGGCACCACCUUCUUCUAUUGCCGGAGUGUAUUGCUGGCAGGCCCCCUAUCUCGGGAUAAGGACCUGCACCGGGUCGCCGCGAGCGGCAUUGCAGGUUCAUGUUCAGGAGCAGUGAUUGCAACCUUCUUGCCUCGAGGAAGUUUCGUGACGGGCGGCAUCAUGUUCGGGGUCAUUGCUGCUUUGUCUCAAGCAGGGUUGAAUACCACGCAAGGCUCCCCAUCUUUUGCCCACCUCUCUUCACGCCUGAAAAAUGGCUUUUCAUCAUUCUCUCCCAUGAAAUCUCUGUCGGACAAGGAGUAUGAGGACCUACUUUUAGACAAGCUUCUCAGGAUUGAUGCGGAGAUUGCUAUACUGGACGACAAGAUAGCCAGCCUACGCGCCGCAACGGACCAACGUGUCCACAUGGAGGACCAGGAGCCGAAAAGCCGCCCAAGCUGA